AAGAGAUAAGACAUGGAUACACAAAGGUUACCAAAGAAAGAAGAGCAAGAAGAAGAAGUGGCUGAUCAUCAACCUUUUUCAAUCUUCGAGUCCAUUAACGCUUUCUCUCAAGACCAACACUAUCAUUCUGUCGAUGGCUUCGACCGCAUUUUCGACAUGAACAUUGACAGCUUAAGCUGCUCUCAUGAGCUCAACUGGGAUUUCUGGAAAGAAGAAGACGACGAAGAAGAUGUGAAGGAAGAAGAGAAGAGUUUGAGUACUGAUCACGAAGGUUCAAGUUCUGGGUUUUGGGAUAAUACGUCGACGGAUUAUGAAGAGUACAGAGAGUUGGGUCUGAAGCUGAAUCUGAACCAUCAAGAAGUUAUUGAUGCUUGGUCUGAUCGUCGCCAGCAACCUCUGUGGACAGAUACCUCAAUGCUAAUGGCUCCGGCCAGUGCCCUUUAUAGGGGUGAAGUGCCGGUGAUGGAUGAAGAGAGAAACACGAGAAGAGAAGCGAGUGUGUUAAGGUACAAAGAGAAGAGACAGAGUAGGCUCUUCUCUAAGAAGAUAAGGUAUCAAGUCCGAAAACUCAACGCUGAUAAACGACCUCGUUUCAAGGGUCGGUUCGUGAGAAGGGAGACUUAAAAGGGGAAAUAAAUAUCUGGAAGAAAAAUAUCUCCAAUCUUCGAUGCGUCUAUUUUCUUAGUAUUAUUAUUAUGACGAUUAUUAUUUCACAUUUUAUUUGUGCUUUUGUGAGAGAUAUCAUUAUCAACUUUUAUAACUUUGUCAAAUUUGAAACGAAAAAUAUCUCCUUCGCGAAUAAAAGAGAUGCAAAAAUAUCUUUUAAGUAAA